CACUGAUAACCUGAGCUGCUUCUAGGAAUUUGUUCAGCAUGUCUAACCAAGGAGACGAUUGCUAUUUCUAUUUCUAUUCGACGUGUAACAAGGGAGACAGCUGUCCCUUCCGCCACUGUGAAGCUGCUCUGGGGAAUGAAACGGUCUGCACGCUCUGGCAGGAGGGUCGGUGUUUUAGGAAUGUCUGCAGAUUCAGACACAUGGAAAUUGAUAAAAAACGCAGUGAGAUUCCUUGCUAUUGGGAGAAACAGCCAGUUGGCUGUCAGAAAUCCAACUGUGCUUUUCAUCACGCCAAGGGACGUUAUGUCGAUGGACUCUUCUUGCCACCAAGCAAAACUACACUGCCAAGUCCACCUGAAUCUGCAGAAGAUGAUGUGAAAGUGGCGCAGAUCGCUCUGCAGCAGAAUAAACUUUCUGUCCAGUCAAAUCCCUCCCCACAGCUGAGGGGGGUAAUGAAAGUGGAAAACUCUGAAAAUGUCCCAAGUCCUACACAUCCGCCAGUUGUAAUCAAUGCUGCAGAUGAUGAUGAAGAUGAUGAUGAUCAGCUUUCUGAAGAAGGAGAUGAAACUAAAACACCUGUCCAGCAACCAGCUCCGGAAACCCAUAAUGGAUUGCGGAUAAUUUCCACUAGGAAAUCCAAUGCUAAUACAAAACAAGAUGAGAAGUUGAAUUUUGGGAUAAAAACACUUGAAGAAAUUAAAUUGAAAAAACUGAAGGAAAGAUCAAAAAAACAAGGUGAAGGCCCUUCAGGAGUUCCUGUUCAUCCACUCCAAUCUCAGACUAUUCCUGUGCCGGAAAAGGAAAACGUACGGACAGUAGUCAGAACCGUGACACUAUCUACAAAACAAGGGGAGGAGCCUGUAAUUCGAUUGAGUCUUGCAGAGAGACUGGGAAAACGGAAAGCCUCCAUUGCUGAUGAAAGUGGCCUUCCACUGAAACGCAGCCUUGCUGAAAGGCUGGGGAAGAAGAUAGAGAGUUUGGAAAAUGCUGACAAAGCACCAAAGAGAGUUCAAGUCCCCAGGUCUCUGAAGGAGAGGCUAGGAUUGCCUUCUGAACAGACCAGUACAGAGACAGAGAAAGCUGCCAAGCCGACAGGAGAGAUCCAUGUGAAAACUCUGGAGGAAAUCCGUCUCGAGAGAGCUAAUCAGCGACGAGGAGAAUCUCAAGCUAAAGCACAGACUGAAGGGCCUUGUAGAACAGAAGAUACCAGCCCAGGGGCAAGACCUUCCUCUGCAAUUCGCAUCAAAACUUUUUCAGAGGCCCUAGCUGAAAAAAAACACAAACGAUUGGAAGAAGAGAAGCAAAAAGCAGAGGAAAUCCCUAUCAAGGCAAAGGUUGAGGGUGAUUCCAAGAAGCAGAACAUACUAGCUCCGUCUGUGCCUAGCAAAGUGCAGCUAGAGGAGCCCACAGGUAAAGCCAAGCCAGCAGGGGAAGUGCGUAUUAAAACCUUGGAAGAAAUCAAGCAGGAGAAAGCUCUGCGGAUGCAGCAGAGUGGAGAAAACGUUCCAGCUCCACCAACCCAACCUGAACCUGCCCCCGCAGGGAGGAGAUUGUUACGGAUCACAAAGCUAAUAGCACCUGGAAGAGAAGAGAAGAAGAUAGUGGAAGUGAGCAAGCCUUCUCCCAAAGCUGUCCCUGUGCCUCCAGAGCCCUCUGAUCAGAGCACAACUAAUUCUAAAGUUCAGGUGAAGAGCCUUGAAGAGAUAAUGAGGGAGAAGCGGCAACUGAAACAAUACCAAGAGGAGAAACUUCAGAAGGAAGCAGCUGUUGUGCCCUCCACUGUGGAAAAAGCAACCAAAAGCCCAGCGUCUGGGAGUCCUGAAUCCACUGUGGUAUCAGGGCCGACUUGUCAGGUUGCAAAGAGGUUAUUGGUGAAAUCUCAGGAAGAUGGGAUUGAAAGCCCAGGAAAGGACGCUGCUGUACCACCAGGGAAACAGGCAGCUCAAUCUCUGGAACGGAAAGCUAAAACCAAAUCUAAGGCGAGCAUGAAGCCAUCGGAUGGGAAAGCCACCUCCCCUACAAAGCAGGCCCUGAAACGUAGGGCAGCUGAGAGUCAUCCCUCUGCUGUGGCAGCUGUGAAACCAUUGAGCAGCACUGGUGGUGGUGACAUGAAGGAGCCUCCAGCUAAAAAAGCAACUGUGGCUGUUGUUCCAGCCCUGCCAGAGGAUAACUUGGUCACUAUACCUGAAAGAGAAAAACCCAAAGACAGUGCUGAACUGCAUAUUGUAAGCCAGGCAGAUUCUGUGGCACAGUCAGAGGUCUCAAGCUCAACUUCUUCACAAGCAGUGGUAAAGACGCGCCGGUUAAGCUCCACAGGGGCUGGGAAAGCACCUUUAUCUGUAGAAGAUGACUUUGAGAAGCUUAUUUGGGAAAUCUCAGGAGGCAAACUAGAAGCAGAAAUUGAUCUGGACCCAGGGAAAGAUGAGGAUGACCUCCUUCUUGAACUUUCUGAGAUGAUUGACAGCUGAACUGCAUAUUCUUCUGUUUCAAAAAAAAAAAAUUAAAACUGUAUAUUUUGUUGGAUACCCUGAGAUGAUCCUUUUUCUAGCUGAGGCUUUGCAAUGAGUCUUAAAGCACAGUUGAACUGGUAGAAAUUGGCAAUAUCUGCACUCAGUUGUCCUAGAUUUCCCUGCUGGUCAGAGUUCAAGUCCUGCGCAUCCGUUCUGUUACUAUUGGUGGCUACCUUCAAUAUUAAGAGGACAAAGCACUUCUUUAUUUCAGACCAGAAAGAUGCCCAUCUGCAAGCUGUGGUGGUUGUGAAUUGAUCUACUGAGUCAGUGAUGCUCUGAAGGCUUAAACUUAAAGCUUCUUUCCCUGCCUCCCCUGCCCUUGGCAAAACACAACGUUGGGUGUAUUUCAAGGUUUUUGCAUUCUGAUUUCUUGGACAGUUGAUGCUAAAGCUUGGAGUUACUAUGUCAACUCUUGAUUUCUAUUUAUGUAUGCUAUCAUUUUGACUUUACUCUUUUAGGGCAAAUUAAUGAAAACGAAGGGGUGGGAGGGAGCAGAAUGAUUACUUCUUGCAUUUUGGACCAAACAUGCUGCCAAGGGUGGUGGUUGGAGUCAGUCCAUCCAGCCUUACUUCUCCUCGAUUAUCAGGGAUAACACAAUGUCAGUGUGAAAAGCAGCAGCUAUACAGUACAGCUAGAAUACCCUCCCCCCCUUUCAUUGUACUGUAUCAAAGCUUGGGGGUUUUGGUGCUUUUUGCUGAAGUGAAUAGGAUUCUGGGUUGAGAAGUCAGGAUUCCUCUUAUAGUCUGCAGUAAAUUGGUAAAUGAAGAAUUGGUUUAAGUGCCUCUUGGUUCCAGGAAUCACUCCCCUGAGUUGCUGGCUCUUCUGCUGGGAAGUGACAGCUGCUAGGGCUAACAUUAAAACACUGACUGUCAGCUUUAUUUGAACUCCUGUUGGCCAUGUGGCAUCUGUCUGAUCGGGUGGUCAUUUGUGGCAUUGAACCAACAGGAGGCCGGUGCCCAGACAAGCAAUCUUGGUACUUGGUACUGCUGCAGGACUGACUGUGCUCUCCUUUUUAGGCAUGUCCUGGGGCUCCCUUCCUUUCAUCUCCUCUAUACCCCCAACGCACCUUUGAGGCUUGAGCUCCAUGUAGAAGUACGCAUUGGAGUCGGGACGGGAGGUUACUGGCCAUCUGAAUGCGCAGUCUGAAAUUGCGACCCUGCAGAAAAUAGCUGAGACUGGGGUCUAUUGUGUACCCUGCCACCAGUGAUCAUUUUCCCUAGCAGAUAUAUUUUUUAAUUAUUUUCUUAAAUUUCUGGAGAACUUUAGUCUCUUCCUGUUAUGAUUUGUGAAGCUGUAGGGGCCCUCAGGCGUUUGCUGCUGGCAGAGGAAAAUCAGCUGUUUAGCUUAUUGUAAAUAUUUUUCUCUUUGGAAGAAAACACUUGUGUGCUUUGAUAAUCCACUGUGAUGUCUUAGUUCCUAGAGGAAAAGUUUGAACCAAAAUUAGCAAAGCCCUUUCUGAAGAAACUGCUGUUCUAGUUCCAGAAGGGUCACCAAGUUGGAAACUUCCUACAAAGUGGGCAGGACAGCGCUGCCCUUUAUCC